AGCCUUUGGCUCUGGUCGGGUCUGGCCUGGCGCCACGGACUGGUGAUGGCCGCGGUCCGUCAAUUAAGCUGCGGAGGAUGCAGCAGGACGUGCACCAGAAAAGACAAUGAGUGGAGCGGCGCGGGGGUGCAGCAAAAUGCCGCGAAGGGUGACCCUGGAAGGGGCGGGUACCAGCUCAUGACGUCGUACGCCCCUGGAGCCCACGGCGGCGGAAACUACACCCUCGAGGCGGCGGACGCGCCAGCCACCGCGGACACCUGCCCUCCGAUCGCUCGGAAGCUCUGCCUGGGCUCCGUGGUCGUCCUGGCAUGCUCGCUGGCCGCCGCCUACGAGCUCCACGCCCGGGGCCUCCUCCGCCCUCGCGGCCUCCGCACUCCCUGGGCCGCCGGCGGCGGGCCGCUCCCCGGGGGAGUCGCGCCCGAGCCGCCCGCGGUGCCGCGUGGCGCCGAGGGCGGCGCCGGCUCGGCGCCCGGCCUGGCGCCCGAGCGGCAGAUGGAGCAGCCGCCGCCGCCCAGCACCCGAGGCGCGGGCGUGGGCGCGGAGGCCGCGGGGCAGGCCGCCACCACCACGCCGCAGCCGUACGACUGCCUGAAGGACUUCCUCGACUGGGAGCGGCUGUGGCCGCCGAAGAAGCAAGCGUACUGUUGCUGGCAGUACGAGUACGGAUGCCUGGCCGCCGCGCCGGAGGUCUGGGCCAGCCCCUCGACGCAGGCCCUUGCUGCCCCGCCGCCCCCGCCGUCGGAGGCCCUGCAGGCCGAGGCCGCCCCCGCGCUCCCGCCGCCGCCCCCGCGGGCCGCGGCCGCCCAGGGCGCGCCGCCGGCGCCGCCGGCCGCGAGCGCCGCCAGCCCCGCGCGCGGGGCCUCGGCGCGCGCCGCUCGCCUGGGCGGGGCGGCCGCGCAGGAGUCUGAAGCAGUGAAGAGGAGCCGCGUGCAGUACCUGGCGAGCCGCUUCGGCAGGCCAGGCUCCUGCAGGGCGGCCCUGGCCACUGUGAGCCGCGACUGCGCGGCCUGCGCCGCCUGCCCCCUGGAGGAAGCCGGGUGCCAGGACCCGGCGCCCGAGGCCAGCGGCUCGGGCGUGGCGCCCCGCCCGGACGUCGGCGAGCAGCGGGGCGCCGACGCCGUGGACCUGGCCGCCGCGCUGCUGAACUGCAGCGCGGGCGACAGGAGGCGUGGCUGCCAGGGCGGGCUGACCACAAAUGUGAUGCGGACGAUGAACCGAACGGUCUCUGGCAGAGCGAUAUUCCUCGCGGCGAGCCGGGGCGAGGUGUCCUGA